AUGCCAGUUAAGUCUCUAAAGCCUGUAAUCUCCACCCGUCACUGCCUGCUGAUUAAAACACGCACACACUCCCUUUUUAAGGCUCCAUGCACUGUCCAGAUAUCGGAUGUCUUUCCAGAUGUUCCCCACUUGGAUCUGACCUAUUCUCCAUUACAUGCUGCUCUCAACAGCUUCUGGUGUUUUUCUUCAACACUGUCAUAUGACAUUUAAACGUGCGCCAGGGAGGCGAUUGGUCCAGUGACGCCUGUUUCGUUUUAGGUGAUUAAUUGGUUGAUUAAAUGGACGGCUGAUGCCACGUUCAGAGAAUAUUCCAACCCCCUUUUCUGUGCAUUUCAUGAUGAAUAAAUAAAGUUAACGUGCUUCUCAAAUGGCUUCUUUCAACACAAAGGAGUAGCUGCUGUACUACCAGCAUUUUUCAAUUAAUCCUGUGAUAAAAGUACCAGCCCUCAUAAGUUAUUCAGCAGUGUUGUUCAUGCCAGUUGGCACUGUGCUCACCUCAAAGUUGUUACUGCAUCGUAAGUGGACUAGUUCUUGUAUCUACCUGAGCAAAAAGUGCCUUUAACAACCUCACAUUGUCCAAUUAACACAAGCACUUUACCAUAUGUCUCAACUAUGUUCUAUCUAACAAUAACAGUCCAAUGAACACAUCAGGAGCAUUCAUGCCACAGGAUACUUUGGCUACUAGACUGGAGCAGCCAUGCUAAUACUAGAUUAUCAAGAUCAUCAACUAACCAAGUAUCAAACCAAAGUUUCACCAAUCUAGGAGCCCAUCAGCUGUAUUCUCCUGUAGAAGCCACAGGUGAAUACAAACCACGGGUGGUUUAGCUAGCAGCUAUCGGAGUCCUUGCUUUCUAUUCAACAUCCAUUGUUAAUGAAUGUAUGUAAAUGAAAUCAAGCCAGUAGAAACUUUUGCUUUCUACAUAAGCAGAAUAAAAUGUGACUUGUUAAUAGAACUCCAACUCCAAACAGAAACCAGAGCUUCCAGUAUCAGAGCUCACGUUCUGGACAUGCAGAGACAUCAUUUUCAUAAAGAGCGAUCUGUUUGCAAGGUUCAUGAAUGGACUUCAGACAGCUUCUAGAUAAGUAAGUAGCUACAUGUUUUAGUCUGAAUAUUUUUGUGAGUGAGAGAUUUCUGUUUUCCGUAAAUGUGCAAAGAAAUCAGUCAAGGCCUAGACACAAAGGCCUAUAGAUUGGAAGGUGAUUGCCUGGUAACUAUGUGUACGGUGUAUACUCUGAUCGACGAGAAAGUGGUUUUUGGCUGUCGUUAAGUGAAAAUGGUUGCAGAAAACAUGUAUGGUGUUGCAGCACAGACCUUGUGAUUGCUUUGGUCACAGUUUGCCACAGUUCCCCGUGGAAGAUGCCAAUUUGUCUGCAAACACUAACGAACCACAGAGCCAUAGAUCAAAAACAGCAAGUUUGCCUGUCAAUAUAAAAGUUGCCUGUUUUGAAUUGUGUUGCUUGUCAGCAGUAAGACACAGCGUUGAAGAUAAACAGUCUCCAUUUUCAGUUUGUCACACUUUUUUUUUUAUGUUUUCUUACCGCACAGCUAGUAGUCGGCUGGUGUUUGCAGAUAAAUCGACAUCAUCCAUGCAAACUGUUUCAACCUCCAGCAACCACUCACUAACCAGUCAGGGAAUAUGCAUGUUUAACUGGGGAAUGGUGGUUACAAGGGGGUCAGCCACUGGUCUCUGACUGAGGCCUUAAAUGGAGAUGUAUGAAAAAAAACAUGCAUAUGCCUGCUGUGGUGAGCCCGUGGGGCAACCAGCCAACAGUAACUUUUAUUAACACUGUAAAUAAGACAAGGCUGAACUUUAGACCGUUGAAAACCCAAACAGCCAAACAUUCCUAUAUGGUCCGUACUUGGUGAUGGUGGGAAGGCAGAACUCCCUUAUAAAAGGAAGAGACCUCUACAGGAACCAGGCUGAGAGAGGGGCAACCAUUUAAUUUACUCGCGCUUGAUUUGUUCUCCUCAAACUUCAAAUCUGCUCUAAAGUUGCUCUAAAUAAAGGUGCUGCUCUCACAGCUUCAACAAACUACAAGGCCGGUGUUUCAACUUUAUUCACUUUCUUCUGCUUUGCUGUUGUUUUCUGCUCUUUCUCAUCCACUUCUAGGUGUUUAUAAAAAUCGUAACAUGGAGGUUGGUUGCCAUUUUACAUCCACCUGUUCCUGCAUUAGUUUGCAGAUUAGAUUAAAGAUUUGUGCUCAUUUUUAGAUUCGUCAUUGUGCUCGUCCCUUUUAUGUUUGCUAUUUUUUAACACUCCCUGUUCCUCACUUUUACUGAAAGCAGUUUUUAUAAUUCAAAGGACAGUUAAACACUCUGUGGAUUAAGUGUGAGUGGCCGAGUGAGGUAAAUCGUCCGUGUGUUUGAAAGGAAAAGAGACGGAGAGCGUGUGUGAGUGUGUGACGGGGAGAGAGAGAGAGAUGCAGAGCGAGGUGUAGUCAGACUGAAGCCCUCUGAUUGACUGUGAUGUUCAGUCAGAUGCUGAGCGGCUUCACAUCACAGUCAAACCUCCAUCCUUUCGUCUCCCUGUUCAUCGGAAACAUCUCGUUAGGAUAAAUUCAACUGUUCGGCUCGGUGCCCGGUGUCACAGGCAUCGUUUCCUUCCAGGUCCAUACUAGAAGCCAAGUAAGAGUCUCAUUGAAAGACAAAUGGUGUCGGGUGUGCAGAUGCUUCUGACUGACAAAAUGAAGGUGGAGGGGUUACAGGAAGAUGGAGGGUCUGGUUCAGUGUCAUCUGUAGAUCAGAGUGCCACUGGUGCUGGUGGGUCGAUGUGCAGUCCCGGUUCGGCUGAACGCUGCAUGUCGCGGCUGCUGAGCGCCGUGGAGAGCGAGCUGCAGGCCGGCCGGGAGAAGGGCGACCCAACAGAGCGGGAACUGAGGGUGACGUUAGAGGAUGCCGAGCUGUGGAGGAAAUUCCAGCACAUCACUAACGAGAUGAUCGUCACCAAGAAUGGACGUCGCAUGUUUCCAGUGCUGAAAGUGAGCGUCUCUGGCCUGGACCCCAGCUCCAUGUACUCCUUCCUGCUGGACUUCGUCCCGGCUGACAGCUGCCGCUGGAAGUUUGUAAACGGGGAGUGGGUGGCGGCCGGCCGGGCGGAAAGCCGCAGCGAAGGCCGGGGCCACGGUGGCAUCUACAUCCACCCUGACUCGCCAAACUUCGGCGCUCACUGGAUGAAAGCGGCCGUGUCCUUCAACAAGGUCAAACUCACCAACAAGGUGAACGGAGGAGGACAGAUUAUGUUGAAUUCGCUCCAUAAGUAUGAACCUCAGCUCCACAUUGUGUGUGUUGGCUCUCGCCAUCGACUGGUUUCUAACGUUUCCUUCAAAGAAACGCAGUUCAUCGCCGUCACUGCCUACCAGAAUGAAGAGAUCACAGCCCUAAAGAUCAAAUACAACCCGUUCGCUAAAGCCUUUCUGGAUGCCAAAGAGAGGAUCCCAGGUGGGCGGAGUUUGCCUGAGCCAUCAGAGGGCCGUGUUGGGAUUCAGUCCUGUUGGUCGCUGUGCUCAGCUGGAGGAGGAGGUGCUUUUCCUUAUGGCAGCAGCCUCCCGCUGACAUCACAUCAUCACCAUGGUUAUAAACACCAUGGAUACCCUGGGAGACACACGCCUUACCCCACUGCCUACCUGCCCCACCGCCCGCACUCCUCAGUGUGUCUCUCUGAAGGUGUUCAGGUGAUAUCUGAUGGCUGGAGCACCUCCUCCCCUCGUCCCACCUCAUCUUCUUCCUCACCCUCCUCUGCCUCCAUUCCCUUGAGUAGCAGCGCCCCUUCAUCACAGCCUCCUCCUCCUCACAGCUCCAGUCAGUACCCUUGUCUGUGGACAGUUGGAUGCAGCGAGCUGAGCCCCUCCCACUCACCCUGCGCCGGGCUCCACCAUGGACCAAUCAGCAGCGAGGGACUCAUGCAGCCUCCUGGUCACACUCGGAUGGGCGGGGCUGGAUGGCCGCCUGGUCCCACACACUCUUUCUGAAAUGUGAUGUGAUUGGCCAAAUUAAUCAGUGAUAACCCACUACACACUAGUAACCUGGUGGUAACCGUUCAGUGAGAUUAUUUGAUAGUAACCAGCUGCUGGUUAUUUGUACAUAGAGUACUGUAAGCUUUCAUGGCUACUCAUAUCAUGCAGUUGAUAAAAAAUAUAUAUAUUUUAAACACUAUUUGUAACUAUUUAUGACUAUUUGUAUAGAUAUCAUUUCAAAAGGAAUGGUUACUUGUAUCUGCUUGUGGCUACAAUCACAUAGGGACAGAGAUCCCCAACCCCAACCCCAAAAAUAUGUAGUCUUCAACCAGUUGGCGAGUGGUUUCUGGCAGUUGCUUUGUGAAAUUAAUCACAAAGAGGGUGCUGCACAAAACACCUCCUAAAAGUUGCUUUGGUGGGUACCAGAUUACCGCAGUGACUCACAGUUUUCAGGUAAUAAGCCAACUUAUCUGCAAAUACUCAUCAAGAGUUCAUAACCCACUAGUGAAAUUGGAAACAGAGACCGGUCACCUACUAGUAAAAGUUGGAGCCUCUUAUACACGUUGGGUCCAGCAGUAAGACAAAGCAUUUAUCUGAUGGUAAACUGUGAACUAUGUAUGCAAACUCUUGGCUAACAUAGCAGUCUGUUAGUGACCAAAAGAGUCUUAUGGAGGUUUUCUGGUGCAGCACCUUCUUUAUGACAGACUUUGUGACCUAACAGCCAACAAGCACUCACCAACCAUUCAGGAAAUACACUUUUUUUCCCAGCGACCAUAGGUUGACUGGGGUUGAUGGACUGGUUUCUAUGACUUUUAGACCGAGGCCACAGGAAGUGGCCAGUUGGCUGCUUGUACCACAGCUAUUGGUGGCUACUAUUUCAUUUAGCAGCUGUGACUACUUAUAGAUAACAGUGACAACUCCUACAUGGGAACUUCUAGUGGCUGUUGACGUCUGCUAGUGGCUGCUAUUAGUAGAUAAAGGUAAUCACUGCUGGCCUUUGUUGCAUGUAAGUAGCAGAUACUGGUUAGCAACUGGUAGCUACAUAUGAGUGACGGUGUUAUUUGAGUUAGUGGCAACCGUUUUAGUUAGCAGCUAACCAGUAAAUACCUGUAAAUAAAAUGGUUACAUGUACCUGCUGGUUGUUGAUGCAAUCUAAUGAGCACUGGGGGCCACUUUUAAAAUCUAAUAGGUAAAUAUUUGCUAAUGUCUUAUAGUAAGCAUCUACUGACAGCCAAAUAUUCUUUUGGUUACUUAAACUAAACCAAUACUGUUGGGCGCCCCCCC